AGUGUAAAGGAAUUGAUGCGUUGUGUAUUUUCAGUAUACAUAAGAGACUAUGUGAAACGCAAUGGCUUGCUGACACUCUCGAUGCUGGGAAUGUUAACAGGGUGUGUUCUUGGCUAUGCACUGAGAGGAUGUGAACUGUCUUCUCAGGCAAGGAUGUAUUUAUCCUUUCCUGGUGAACUUCUGAUGAGGAUGCUUAAAAUGCUUAUUCUGCCCCUAAUCACCUCCAGUUUAAUGUCAGGUCUGCCAUCAAUGGAAUCCAAGGCGUGCUGUCAUAUGGGCUUGCUAACGGUUACAUAUUACUUGUGGACCACCUUCAUUGCUGUCAUGGUUGGCAUUACACUGGUGGGAAUCAUUAAACCAGGCUUUGCAACGGACAUGGAAAGCAGCAGGCUUGGAGGAGGUCCAGUGAUUACCUCUGCUGAUGCUCUGCUUGACCUUGUCAGGAACAUGAUUCCUUCGAACCUUGUUGAGGCCACAUUUCAACAGUACAGGACAGAUCAUAUCCCUGAUGUUAAAUUCCAAGACAGCAGCAAGCAGCACAACUUUGUCUAUCUUAUGCCUGAUGAAGACCAUCCUAUGGGUCACUUGGUGCGGCUGGAGCUCACGCCACCUCCUGAUGUUCAAUACAAGACGUCCCCUGGCAGCAGCCAACAAAUGAACGUACUGGGCAUUGUCAUCUUCUCAGCCACUAUGGGCCUCCUACUUGGCAAAAUGGGUGAGCGAGGUCUACCCUUAGUCAGCGUUUGCCAGUGCAUCAAUGAAUGUGUCAUGAAAAUCAUCAAUGCAGCAGUAUGGUAUUUCCCCUUUGGCAUUGCCUUCCUGGUGGCUUCAAAGAUUCUGGACAUGAGUGACCCCUUCCUUUUGGGAAAGAAGCUGGGCUGGUAUGCAAUAACAGUUAUAACUGGACUGUCUGUUCAUGGCUUCGUUCUCCUUCCACUAUUCUAUUUCUUUUUAACACGGAAGAAUCCGUUUCUGUACAUCAGAGGACUGCUGCAAGCUUUGGUCAUCGCCUUGGCCACAUCAUCAAGUUCGGCCACACUGCCCAUCACAAUGAAGUGCUUGCUGGAGAACUGUAAUGUAAACAGGCAGAUUGCACGCUUUGUCUUGCCUGUGGGAGCCACGAUUAACAUGGACGGUACAGCCCUCUACGAAGCAGUUGCAGCCAUUUUCAUCGCUCAGGUCAAUGAGUACGAGCUGGAUUUCGGACAGCUGGUCACUAUAAGCAUAACAGCCACGGCUGCAAGCAUCGGUGCUGCUGGAAUUCCUCAGGCUGGCCUCGUAACCAUGGUGAUAGUACUAACAUCUGUAGGACUGCCACCAGACGAUGUCACUUUGAUCGUUGCUAUCGAUUGGAUUCUGGAUCGCUUUCGAACAAUGGUCAAUGUACUAGGAGACUCGCUGGCUGCAGGAAUCAUUGCUCAUUUGUGUCGGAAAGACUUUCCAAAUGACACCGGGGAAAAAGCCAGUGGUUCAUCUCAGAACACAAACAAUGGCCAAACCAUGGAGGAUGUACCACUACUUGCAAGAAAAGACUGCAUAUUUGAGGUUUUCGGAGACACGAUUAUCGAGCGACCCACUGUCUAUUAUAACAUCUGUCAAGUAUGACAGACCUCUGAUCUCAGAGUUGCCUUACAUCCAACACCGUUCUGCUUAUGUGCCAUGAUAAAAGUCUGACGUUACUGUAUUC